CACACACACACACACACACACGCACGUGUCGAGUUCAGCUCGUAGCGCUGUGAUUAUUUGCAGCAGUGUUCCUGUGUGUGUGUGUGAUCCUGAGCGUGAGUGUGUGUGUGUGUGUUCCUCCGCAGUGACAUUAUUCUCAGACUGACAGAUGGCGUGAAGCAGACGGGCGGAAAGUAGGACAGCGGAUCCGGUGUUUACGGUGACCGGGCGCGCGUGUUUACAUAGUGUGUUUAUCGCGUCGCGAUGGUGGAUAACCGGCACGCCACAGCGCUGGUGAUCGCCGCGGUGCUCAGCCUGCUGGCGGCCGUGUAUGUGUCGGUGUCGAUCGGUUCCCCGCACUGGUACCGGUACUGCAGCCCUCCGGUUCGCGCGGAGCCCAACGCCACCGAGCUGCGCGCGCUGCAGGAGGAGUUUCUGGACGGAGAUUUCGACGAGAAAACCGCGAGCGACGCGCUGUUCCGCAUGAACGGGACCGUCGGGCUGUGGUGGCGGUGCGUGCAGACGCCCACUGACGCGCACUGGUACCGGGAGCCCGACCCGCAGAUGGUGAUGGAGUGUGUGAGCUUCUCCCUCUCUCAGCAGUUCACACCCAAAUACAGAGAGCCGGGAAACCACAACAGCGGAGAGGACAUGAUCCGGACCUACCUGUGGCGCUGUCAGCUCCUCCUGCCGCUGGCUGCUCUCCUUCUGGUCCUGUUCUCGGCUCUGCUGGGCUUCUGCGCAUGUGUGUGUGGGAGUGUGACGCCGGCGCUGUUCAUUGGGCUGCUGCAUCUGCUGGCAGGUCUGUGUUCUCUGGCCACCGUCUGCUGUUUCCUGGCUGGGACGGAUCUGCUGCACCGUGUGUCGGUGCUGCCGGACCGUGUGGACGCGGCGCUGGGCUGGGCGCUGUACCUGAUGCUGAUGGCGGCGCCGCUGCUGAUGAUGGCGGCGGCACUGAUGGUGUGGGCAGCGCGCAGCCACGGGCAGAACUACGCUCGCAUGACGGCGUACAGGGUCGCUUAGAGGACUCACACACACACUCACACACACACACACACACACACACACUCACAGUCCUGUGUCCCGGUGUGUUCUCCUCAGCGCUGCACUGAUGUUCUGCUGUACUGACGGUGUUCUCGCCCUCCUCCACCCUCACAGGACUCAAUCUGCUAACUCAUGCUCAUGUUGACUCUGAGGAGGGUCCACAGUGACUCAAGCCCCCCCGAGUCUGUGUGUGUUCCAGUUUAAGUCCCCACUGGGAUGUAAAAACAAGUAUGGACAGACACAAACAGUGUCACUUAUAAAAGGGUGUGUGUGUGUGUGUGUGUGUGUUUGUGUGUGUGUGUGUGUGUGUGUGUGUGUGCUGUAGUGGUGACGCAUGCGCAACUUUAAUUUAUUAACUAUUUAUUACCAUCAUCUGUAUUUAUCUGUGUACAGUGAAUUAACAGUGCAGUGUGUGUGUGUGUGUGUGUGUGUGUGUGUGUGUGUGUGUGUGUGUGUGUGUGUGUGAUGUCAAUUAUUCUGGUAAUAGAGGAUCAGGUGCAGUGCAUUGUGGGAAACAUCAUUUAUUAGCAUAUCUGCAUUUUCAUACACAUGUCGCAUAAUCAUCGUUGUCAUGGUAAUAAACUCCUCUUCCUCUGG